GACGUUACUUCCGCUUCCUGCCUUGCGCGGCCAUUUCUGCUCCUCCGUGCGACUUUUCGGCGGAGGCGAGCGCUCCUGCUCAGACUUUGGCCACGCUCUUCCAGGAGUGAGGAGAUCGCGGAACCGCAGCCAUGACGGAGGCAGAUGUAAAUCCGAAAGCCUAUCCCCUCGCAGAUGCCCACCUCACCAAGAAGCUACUAGACCUGGUUCAGCAGUCCUGCAACUACAAGCAGCUUCGUAAAGGAGCCAAUGAGGCCACCAAAACCCUCAACAGAGGCAUCUCCGAGUUCAUCGUGAUGGCCGCAGACGCCGAGCCGCUGGAGAUCAUCCUGCAUCUCCCUCUGCUGUGCGAAGACAAGAACGUGCCCUAUGUGUUUGUGCGCUCCAAGCAGGCCCUGGGGCGGGCCUGCGGUGUGUCCAGGCCUGUCAUUGCCUGCUCUGUCACCAUCAAGGAAGGCUCACAGCUGAAGCAGCAGAUCCAGUCCAUUCAGCAGUCCAUCGAGAGGCUCCUAGUCUAAGCCUGCGGCCUCUGCCACUCUGCCCACUGACUCCUCCCCAGGGUUGUGUGUCAUAGGUUGUGUUAGUGUAUAGUGUUUUCAGCUACUUCGUAAUUGUUAAAAGAUAUCGUAGUCCCGGAUGGUUUCUGGAUUUUUUUAUUGUUUUGUUUUACGGGCUUUUUUUGUUUUUCCUUUUCUCUCUUCUUCUUCUGCCAUCUCCUUAUACUGCCUUUUAACAAUGAACUAAUACCCAGUGGAGGAAGCAGCAGCAUGGUGGCCAUGUUCAAAGGCAGGGAAGGGCCAGGAGAAGCCUGAGGGAGCCAAGGCAGAGAUCUGGUUCCAGCUUCCAUCUGCUAACUUCUGGUUACCUCCUGUGUGCGGGCUUACAGCAGGGUGUGACCGAAGUAAACACUGUCCACUUUGCAUCCCUUGUUCCUGGCACACACAACCAUUCCAUAAAUGUUAAUGAUCCAGGGCUUUCCUUUGCUCUAGGGGAGUAUGGGUCAUUUGAGGAAGCUUGUGUCUGAUGAGGUUCUUAGGCUUAUUUGCAAGCGUCAGUUACUAGUGCACCCCUGCUGUUUGCUUUAGUGAUGUGAUAUGUUCUAUCCCCAGAGGGUGGCGGGGCAGCAGCAUACCAAAGGGACGUGCCGCAAGGGUCAGAGGCAGCUGGGUGAGGGAGAUGUGGGAAGUCGACCUAGGUCUUGAAGGAGUCAAGAGUAGCAAGGGAAGAGGGUCAGCUAGUGCUGGAAAGAAGGAUUCUGGGAAUGGCUGGAGCCUGCAGCGGAGAUGAUGGAAUCCAAGGAAACCUCCUCCUCUGGCAAAUGAGGAUUUCUUCAGUGGACACUUUGUGCUGACUCCGAGAACCCUCACCUCUGCUUCCUGCUACAACGUGGGUCAGAUGUAGCCUCCUACAUCAGAGGGACAGUGCUAAUGUAUCAUUCAUUCUUACGAACAUUCUAAUAAAGAAUAUAUUCAUAUUCCAGUUUAAA